AAUGAAUUUUCGUGAAUGGAAAUGGAAUGUAUGCGACACAGUUUGAACACCAGAAAACCAUUACAUUUUGGACUUUGGCUGAAAAUGGUUGGAUAUUCCACAAAGUUUGACAAAGCUUUUAACACUAAAUCUGGUAUUGAAAAUCGUCAAAGUUUCCACAAAAAUCUGCCGAAGUGUUCCCAAGACGAUUCUAUAGUUUCUUACGGACAUUACGAUACAUUAGCUAGAAAACAUAGAUGUUUAAAUUGUUGUGACAGAGAAAAAGAAAGGAGGAAUUGGUCAGACCGAUCUUAUAAUACUCAACAAAGUCAUCAUAAAACUAAUAAAUCGUGUAUAGAAAAGUGGAUUACAUUUAUACAAAGUUCUAAAAUGGUUCGUCUAGGAGGAAGGAUUCUUUUAUUUGUUAUUUUAGUGUCAGUGUUUGGAAUUAUAUUCGGAGGUUCUUUUUCUUCAAGAAUCAGUGACUCGGACAAAAUUCAUCUCGGGGAAGGAGCAGCAAAAUUAGUAAUGCACAAAAUUCAGCCAGUGGGAUUAAGAGUUUUUCACGAGCACGUCAAAAAUGUGUCGAAACACGGUAUGCACAGUUACCGUGAUAUGUUAAGAAUAUUUUUCAAAAAUCCAAGUGACCAAGAAAUAGACUUGUUUCUUAAAAGAAAGACUUUAAAAGACAUUCUACCUGAAGAUGACUUCUCAAAACGAGAUUACAACUACGUCAACGACGAACCUUAUUACCCCUUCGAUCCGUUAGACCUUGCUGACCAAGCUGAGCAGCAUUAUACACAUGUAUUAGACCACCCAUAUUCAUCCUGUCAUGAACCAAAACCGGAAGUGAUAUACAUUCCACCGGAAGGACAUAAGAAGUUCAUUCCGGAAUAUACUAUUCUUCAUCGAUGUAGAAAUACCACCGGAUGUUGUUGGGAUAAAUCUCAGACUUGUGCUGUCAAAAACCUGGAAAUAGUCACACGAAGUUUUUUCGUGGUAGACAUGCUCUCUGAUGAUACAAUCGUACCAAAUGAAGUAGAGCAACAGUUUCUCAUUAACCAUACAUCGUGUCAUUGUCAACUGAUUAAUCCACAACCAGGAUGUGAUCAACAAUGUCCACAUCCAUUCCGAAAGGUUAGAGUAGGGGACACAUGCACGUGUGAAUGUCGACAAGACAGACUGCCGUGUCUCGAGAUCAAAUGGGGAAUCGAACCCUUAAGCACGGAAAGUUUCAAUUGUGUUAAAGAAAAACGAUGUAUGCAACCAACAUGCCAAGAUGGACAGUUUGAUAUGAGGAAAGGGUUUUGUCCAGGUACAAAUGAGCCAUAUCCGUAUAGGAAACGGCGGAAUGUCCAAAGGACAAAGAACCAGGCCAGAGGGGGUGAUUUUUUCUUUCAGACGUAUUCCUCGCUUGUAGGCGUUAAGAUAUGGUCGAUACAGUUUGAUCAGGAAUUUAAUGGAAUGGCAGAACCAGAUGUCACACAGAUAGGUCUGGACAUUUUGAGUGAGUUUCUAGAGGUAGCCAUCCACAGUAUUCUGUAUGACAGGGAGCUCUACCCUGCUGGUGUGUUUGAGAGAAGGAAGAAGUACAACGUCCCAGUACAAAUCUGUGUUCAUCCAGAGGUCAAUCGUUACAUUACUCAGGUAGUUAAUGGUUUAUCAGAAUUCAACACCAAUGGUCAAUUAGAAAAAGUUGCAAUAGUGAUUUGUAAUAGUGAUUCACAGCCAGUAGAAAAAUUCAUCCUGGAGAUCAAUAAGCCAUCAGUAUCUCAACAACAGACAGACAGAUAUCUGUACCAGCUGGAACAGUCCUUGAGGUCAUUCUUACUGAAGAUCAACAUGGCCGACUCUCUACUGAAAUCCCUUCCUACCGACUGCACCUGGACGAUCCACGCAACCACACAAGAGUCCGCAGCAGCCAGAAUGUUCGAUAAAAAUGUGGAAGAAGAUUUCCCUUGGUUAGAAGCCUCAGAAGAGGAAACUAGGAUGGAAAGUCCUUCUAUUUUGCCCCUUAAAUCAACCACGUCCCCAUACUUAAACAUGCAGAUGUAUGUAGAGGAGGCAAAAGAGAGCAAAGGCAGCUGAUGUUCAUUAUAUAACAUUGAAAAAGUGCUCAGUUUUGUGUUCAGUUAGAAGAUGUGUUUGAAGUGCCUAACUUGUUUUUAAUAUUUGUUAUCAUGUUAGAAUAAUUCUCUGUAUGAAAGUACAUGCAUGAUUUCAUCAUAAUUGAACUAAGUCAAGAUAUCAAUUUUAAGCAUUAUGGCUAUCAAACAUAGUACAUUUCUUUUUUCAUCUUUUGUAUGAAGCUCAUUCCUGGUGUACAAUGUAUCUUAAUUUAUUUUAGAAAAAAAUGUUUUUAGAUAAUAAAACAAUUGUAAAAG